UUUAUAUUCUUUUAUCAGUUAUAUACAUAGUUAUUAUUUGAAAUAAUGUUUUCCUUUAUUUGCAUAACGUGCGAGCAAACUGCGUACCUGCGUUUUAUUCAACAGUAAAAAUUUAACGUCAAUUUUUAUAAUGACAUGAUUUUGCUAAAACUAAUAAAUUAUCGGUAUGAAGUACCAGCAGAUCUCGGUCGAUUUUAUAAGUAUGGUGUACACCGCUUGUUCGUACUUGGCUCUCGCUGGAGUCGUUUGGAUAUUCUUACGGCUCAUCCAGGCGUGCUUUUGGUUACCACGCCAUCUGAAAAGACAAAAUAAUGUUCAACGGAUGCUGCAAGACAAGAUGGAGGGCUAUGAGAAGUACAUAUUGGAAUGCGAAAGAAAAGAAAAGAUUGAACAAGAAUUGCAAGGCGGGGAUGCCAAGUUUGAUCCCGAGCAAGCGGAGAAAUGGAAAGAACGAAGAGAAUGUCUGGAAAUGUUGAAGAGGGAAUUAAGUAAGAUUCGCGAUGGCGGUGACGAUUCGCAAGACUGGGACUAUCUCUUGGAAGAUGAUGAAAAGAAGGAAGCUAGUAUUACAGAAAUUCAAGAUGACGAAAUUUCUAAAGAUGGACCUAAUGGUAAAAUAAACGCAAGCACGAACGUGAUCAAACAAGUAGCCGAUUCGGAGGAGAAAAAGGACAAAUAAUUAUGUUUCGCAUCAUCUCUGUAAGAACGCAACGGCAUCUAUGAUAACAGAUUGAAGAUGUUUUAAAUCUAUUUAGUUCGUAAAAAUCGUAGAUAAAAUCGUAAGAUGAAACAUUUAAAGAAUUCGAUUCGAAGUAUUUAAAAAAUAUGCAUCGAGAUAAAUGUGUGUACAUUUAAAAACAAACAGAAGAAAUGGUAAUUAUUAAUUCUGUGAACAAAUUUUUAACAAUUUUGUUUUUGAACGUAUCGUUGCUGCCGCGAUCAUACAAUAAUUAAUAUCAUAAACAGUUUUAACCUUAAUACGUUUCGUCCACAUAAUUCACGUACGAGGCACAAGAAUUUAGUAAUUAAUACGUAUUAAGUAUUUGAUUCUACUUAUACUUAAUUAUAUUUGCAAUGAUAUACGAGUGAAUGCAUUUUAUUGUACGUACUUAAAUAUACAAUUUUUACGAAAAAUUACCUGUUGACACGAAAAUGUAAAAUAAGUGCAUAUACAUUAGAAACACAAUUCAAAAUUAAAGUUCAAUCUAUUACAUACACGUGCCUCUUUAAAAUUGCAAUGUAAUCAAGGGAUAUAUCGACUUUUGCAAUCAUUAGCCUGCAAUAAUUUAAAGAAUUCAUUUAAUUAGUUUAUAAUGUGACAAAAUUAUUAUAUUAUAAUAUAGAAGAUGUAUUAGAAUAUUAAUAAUUUUAAUAUAUUUUUGUUAUAUUUAUUAUUAUUAUUAUUAUUUAGUGCUGUAUACGUAUUGAGACUUUAAAGAAGUGCCCUUAUAAAAAUAGAAUAGGUAUAUUCUUAAAAAUGACUGAAACACAUACACGAAAAACAAAUGAAAUUAAGAUAUUUAAAAAAUCGAAUUUAUAAUACCUAACAGAGUUAAUUUAUCGAAAUAUUACAUAUGGAAAGAACAAUUAUGAUAUUUUUGUACUGGAUUUUUAUCAAACAUAAUGUAAAGUGUAAACUUUAUAGUAUUUAUAACAAAUAUUUAAAGUUACCAAUUCUAACCAGGAAAAUGAAUUGAACUGAAUAUAAUAAUAUAUAAACCAAGUGUGAUUUCGUAUGCAACUAAUGCACCGUAUUUUUUACAUACAUGUACAUCAACAAAGUCCUAUUUAUUCUUCAGACGUGUUAUACAUCUAUGUACUUAUCUUUGUAUCGUUUGAAUUAUAAAAGUAAGAACACCAAAUAUACUUAAUAUUAAUCUUGAAAUUUUUAUUAAUUAGAUCGUAUCUAACUAAAUUUAAUUUAUCAUUUGGUAUCUCACAGUAUUAUUAAAUAAAUGUAAAAUAAAAAGAACUUCGUAAAAUAAAAAAAAUGUAAUAACUUUCAAUAAAUCAUAUACACGU